AGAGAGCAGCUUCCACUUGCAGAUGGUGAUAGUGAGAACGGCAGUGACAACGAAGAUGAGCAGCCUCAAGUGGUGACACUGAAAAAAGGGGACCUGACUGCUGAAGAAGCAAUGAAAAUUAAACAGCAAAUCAAAGACGCCUUAAAGUCAAAUGAAUCAGAUGGUGAACCAGAACCUGCUGAUGGAAAAAUUAUGUUCAGGAAGCCAGCCAAACGUUCAUCAGAGAAGUUUUUGGACUUCAACGUAAGUUCAAGUAAGAAGAUGAAAGAGGCAAAGAAAACUAAGAGAGAAGCAACUACUCCUCAGAGUACAGCUAAGCAAGUAAAAAAUAGCAGUCUUCUCUCAUUUGAUGAUGAGGAAAAUGAUGAUUAG